AUGGACCACGUCGGGAUCCUCGGGGCGCAUCUGCAGCAGCACGCGCACGUGGAGCCCAUCAGCUUCGGCAUUGACCAGAUCCUCAGCAACGUGGAGCACAGCUGCAUGCUGGGUGCGAGGAUGCACGAGGCGGAAUACGCGCACCAGGCCUACAGCAGCGGCGCGAGCGGCGGCGGCUUUCCGUGCGCAAACAGCGGCUACAGCGGCACCGGCGCCGCCUGCGGGGUUUCUGCCCUGGGCGGCUCCUACCACAUGAACAUGGGCAUGAACGUGAAUGGGACGACCGUGAACUCCGCCGGGGUCAUACGCGUGCCCGCGCACCGGCCACUGAGCGGCGCGAGCUCCUCCGUGCCGCCGGUGACCGGAAACAUCAACAACCUGAGCGCGCUGACGUUUCCGUGGAUGGAGAGCAACAGACGGUACACCAAAGACCGGUUCUCAGUGUCUCUCUCACCCGUCACUGUAACCCGCCGUGUAGGUCAUCCCUACCAGAGCCGCACGCCGCCCAAGAAGAAGAAGCCUCGCACGUCCUUCACUCGGCUGCAAAUCUGCGAGCUGGAGAAACGAUUCCACCGGCAGAAGUACCUGGCGUCCACUGAGCGCGCCGCCCUCGCCAAAGCCCUGAAAAUGACUGAUGCUCAAGUGAAAACCUGGUUCCAAAAUAGGCGCACCAAGUGGAGGCGGCAGACUGCGGAGGAACGGGAGGCGGAGCGGCAGCAGGCGAACCGCAUCCUCAUGCAGCUGCAGCAGGAGGCCUUCCAGAAAACCAUCAACCAGCCGGUGACCCCGGACCCGCUGUGCCUACAGAACAGUUCUCUGUUCGCCCUGCAGAACCUGCAGCCCUGGACUGAGAACACCAGCAGUGUGUCUGCCUGCGAGUACCGCUGA